GUGAGUGGCUAGUUGGCUAAUAAUAAAGAAGAAGACGCCUACUACGGGCCGACGAUGUUCUCCUCCUCUUCUUCUUCUUCUUGUUGCUUCCCGCCCUUAUUAUUAUCAUCAUCCAAUCAUAAUCAUCAUCACAAGCAUCAGCAUCAUCAUCAAUCAUUCUUAUUAGGGUUUUCAAAUUCUAAUCAAAUUCAACAUCCAAUUCAUAUUCACAAUAAUAAUAAUAAUAAUUAUAAUAGUAAUAAAUCAAUUCGAUUAUUGAAAUUCAAAUGCUUCUCAUAUCCUCAACAAAAACAAGAAGAUAUCGAAUUCGAAAGGCUUUUUUCGAAUGUUAAUCGAGUUACUCUCAAAAGAGAACCUGGUAGCGUAACUAGUUCGGUUCUUCUGGUUGCUGGCACCACUGUUGGUGCUGGAAUUCUUGCUAUUCCAGCGGUUACCCAGGAAGCUGGGUUUUUGGCUGCCGCAGUCACGUGCGUUCUUUGUUGGAUUUAUAUGGUUGUGACUGGCUUGCUAAUAGCUGAAGUAAAUGUAAAGACAAUGUGCGAACUGGGAUCAGGAGGUGUAUCAUUGGUAUCAAUGGCUACAAGAACUCUUGGAACUAUUGGAGUUCAGAUUGCUUGCUGGUCGUAUAUUUUUAUCCAUUACGCCCUUCUUGUUGCUUAUGUGGCUCGUUCAUCAGACAUCUUGACUAACAUACUUGGCAUUCCAGUAUGGGAAUGUGCAUCCCUGUUUUCAUUUCUCUUGGGAAGCCUUUGCUACUUUGGAAGCCAGCAGGUUAUUGGUGCAGUCAAUGGAGUUCUAGUAUCCAGUAUCAUAAUAUCUUUUGCAGCUCUUGUGGCCGUUGCUAGCGGAGAUCUGCACUGGGAUGCUCUUUUAAAAGUUAACUUGCAAGCUAUCCCUGCAAGUAUACCUAUAAUAGCACUUUCUUUUGUUUAUCAGAAUGUAGUUCCUGUUCUUUGUACGAAUCUGGAAGGAGAUCUAUCCAAAAUAAGGACUUCAAUUGUUCUAGGCACUGCCAUUCCGCUUGGUCUCUUUCUUAUCUGGAAUGCUGUCAUUCUUGGAACAAUCACUAGUCCCAAAACAGGCACAGAUAAGAUUGUGGACCCAUUGCAGGCAUUGCUAGCUACUAAUGGAGUUGUCGGGCCUAUUGUUGGGGCAUUUUCUCUCCUUGCCAUUGCAACUUCUUAUAUUGGAUUUGUUCUAGGCCUCUCUGACUUCCUCUCUGACUUGCUCAAACUACCAUCUGAUAAAAGCAGACCACUGCCUUAUCUCCUCACGUUGUUUCCACCACUAAUACUAUCAUUGCUAGACCCUGACAUCUUUUUCAAAGCAUUGGAUUUUGCUGGAACUUAUGGAGUGCUGGUGCUGUUUGGUGUUCUUCCUGCUGCAAUGUCUUGGUCAGAUAGAUACUCGAGUUCAUCUGUAUCAUCAAACCUUCCACAGCUUGUACCUGGAGGUAGGAUAACCCUUUCUCUAAUACUAGGAGGUGCAGGGUAUGUCAUUAUUUCAGAACUAAUUGAGAACCUUAUGCAUACAUGAUCAACUCACACAUCUCCCUUGUUAUAAUUGUCCAUUAGUCGAAUUGUUGUACACAUAACUAAAUGUUAAAAGUCAUUUUAUAAUCUGAUAACUUGCCAAAUUUUUUCAUGUAAA